CGCGCGCAGCCGACACUGGUAGCCGUUUGGAGUGACGCGACGCGAGUAACUAUACUAACACAAUUCGAAAUUCAAACAAAAAUUUACGCAAUAAAAUGACCCGGGCUUCCGCUUUCAAAACUGUAUUUUAAAUUUCAAAAAUGACCAAGUACAAGUUAAACAACAACGUACGUUCCUCUUCCGAAGUGACGCUCACAUCCUAUCUCUCAGGAAGCAUGGAACGGAAGGACAAUGUUUUCUUACAACUAAGUCCUAACGAAUCUAAAUGCAAUGUUUGCCCUAACUCAUGUUAUACAGACCAUACUCUCAGUUUGGACAAGAAUACGAAAUUUGGCUUGAAUGAGUUAAAAGUUGAGAAUUUGGAGCGGGAUGUGUGUUUGUGCGAGAAAUUCAAUGGUGGUUGCAAGGUGUGUCCUAGCCCGAGUCCAGCGCCAACACUUACCAUUAAUUUGGAAGGUGCCCAGAAGGAGUGCUUAUCAUGUCAUGGCACUUCAUUAUAUCAUAAUUCAAAUAAUUCUUACCCUGGCCCUGGCUACUCAGAGAAGAAUAACUGGAGAAGAGAACUCUCUAAACAAGCGAAGUCGUGUUGCUCCAAGAAGACUCUUUUAAGGAGGUUUCCCAUUAUAUCCUGGCUUCCCAGCUACAGUUUCAGGAACGGAAUAGCUGAUGCCAUAGCAGGACUCACAGUAGGCCUGACAGUGAUACCACAAGCCAUAGCCUACGCGGGCGUAGCAGGUCUACCCCCGCAGUAUGGCCUAUAUUCUUCAUUCAUGGCCUGCUUCGUGUACACAGUCUUUGGAUCUGUGAAAGACUCAGCCAUAGGCCCUACGGCCAUCGCGGCCAUUCUAACGAGAGAAAACUUGCAUGGCCUAGGCCCUGAAUUUGCUGUCCUUCUGGCCUUUCUCUCUGGGUGCGUCGAACUUGUUAUGGGCAUUCUUCAACUAGGUUUUCUAAUUGACUUUAUAAGUGGACCAGUCUCGGUGGGUUUCACGUCCGCCGCGGCUAUAAUCAUUGCGACAACUCAAGUCAAGGAUAUCCUGGGGCUCAGUUUUCCUGGAGGAAAGUUUCUUCAGGUGUGGUCUGGAAUUUACGAGCACAUAGGAGAGACAAGAUUAUGGGACACAGUAUUAGGAUUGUCGUGUAUCAUAGUGCUGCUUUUACUAAGGAAAGUUAAAGAUAUAAAAAUAAGCGAUUCGUCGGACAACACGAGUGAGGUGGCUGGUAUUGAGGAGACUGUUGGUAGCAGCAGUAAGGUCCGCGCUGGAGCCUCGCAAGCUCUAUGGUUCCUCUCCACUACAAGAAACAUUCUAGUUGUACUUCUCUGUUCAGCGUUAGCCUACUACUUUGAUACUAGAAACCAGGUGCCGUUUGUGUUGACUGGAACAGUGAAGCCGGGAUUACCAGAAUUUUCCCCUCCGCCAUUUUCAGCGACUGUCGGCAACCACACAUACACAUUCAUGGAGAUGACGUCCACCCUCGGAUCAGCGAUAUUCGUGGUUCCUCUCCUCUCUAUAUUGGAGAAUAUAGCUCUGGCUAAGGUUUUCUCGGAGGGUAAACGCGUAGACGCCACUCAGGAGAUGAUAGCCCUGGGCGUGUGCAACAUUGUGUCUUCGGUAGUGGAUUCGAUGCCUGUGUCGGGUGCUUUGUCUCGUGGGGCUGUGAACCACGCGUCGGGUGUCGCCACCCCAGCUGGAGGGGUUUACACUGGGGUCCUGGUAUUGUUGGCGUUGCAGUACUUCACGCCAUACUUCUAUUACAUUCCGAAAGCGUCUCUUGCGGCAGUGAUCAUCGCGGCUGUCGUCUUUAUGAUGGAGCUGCACGUGUUCAAGCCUAUUUGGAGGACUAAAAAAAUGGAUAUAAUCCCAGCAGUGGUGACGUUUGCCACAUGUCUUCUAGCGAGGCUGGAGCUGGGCAUAGUCGCAGGAAUUGCUGUCAAUCUUCUCUUCCUUCUUUACGCUUCUGCCCGACCGUCUGUCAGGGUGUGUAGGGCUGUGUCAACUGACGGAGUGCCAUACAUUCUGGCGACGGUGGAUCGAGCGCUAUCGUUCCCUUCGGCAGAGUUCGUUCGACGCGCCUUACGCAAGGCUCCUUCAGAUGCCCCACUGGUGCUGGACGCGCACCACGUUCAAGCCGCUGACUUCACUGCUGCUAAGGGCAUAAAAUCCCUGAUAGACGACUUCCACGCUCGAGGGCAAACAAUAAUCUUCUACAACGUUAAGCCGUCCAUUGCUCACGUGUUUCGUGGAGUUCGUCCGCGAGAGUUCCUCAUUUGCUCGCAUCGGGCAGAGUUGGAUAGACUUCUGCUUAACAUCACCAGGGGAACGAAGCAGUCUUGAUUCGAUCCUGUUCUAGUAAAUGUGUUUCUAAAACUGGAAACAUUAACCCUUGUGAUAUCAUAUAAGUAUUAAAUUGAUAAAGGCUACAAAUAAAUUAUUAUGCAAGCGCUUUUACAUACAAGAUUGUGUAGUAUUAUAAUCAACUAGUUCUAAUUGUAAAACUGUAUAUUUUAGCUUAGAAAUAUUAAUUUGACGCGCGCAAUACAUAUAAAAUAAAACCGAUUUAAGGAAUUCAAAUGGGACUUAUUCACAUCAUUCGACAUUGCUUAUACUCCUUGUUCUUAAUUGGUGAAGAUCGGCUACUGUAAGAUGACUGCUGCCUUGCUAGUGAUUUCUACACUUCAUUCGAUGUGUAGCUCUCCUUAGCGCAACUGUUAUUACCCAUGAGAAGAAGGUUCUCAACGGGGCCAACAUGGCCAGAGUCAGUUAGAGCAUGUCCUUGAGUCUCGUACAAAUACUUCAGUAAGGAACGCGUUGCGUUUAUAUCGUUAAAUAAGUUUUAUUAAGAUAUCAUUUAUAUACGAAAGAGUGUACUAUAAUAACACCUUGUAAAGGCUAGUUAUAAAUCGAUGAUUUACCUAAACCUAAAGAAUUUAAAAUAGUUCUUAAGAUUUUCGUUUACUGUGCGUAUUUCUACCUGUCU